AUGCUUCUCAUCGACUUCGUGGCCCAAAUGUCGGCAACCAGUGCUCAACUCAGCAACACCCUCACAGUCACCGAUUUCGUACGCUUCAUGACCUUGGCGUCAGAGGUCAACCAUAUUGCUGGAAAUGCCAUCCGUCUAACACCACACCGACCAACUGUGCUACCAUUCCUCACGACAGCCCUUUCUCCCAAGUUUCCCGACCAACUCAUACACGAUCUAUGGACGUUAGCUUUUCCUCUGUUACCUUCGGCACGGUUUGACCCCAAAGGCGCCAUACGCUCCCUGGGCCUUCAAUUCAAACUACCUGAAAAGUUCUUACGACCGCCGGUAUCUCGAUGUAUUGUUUGCCCUGCAGCACGUAACUUACACGUCCAUAUGCGUUUGGAUGGUUAUCUUUUUGACACGGAUGGGGUGCACACAGUACAAACGGUCAUCCUCGAUUGCCCCGGCUGUGGUUCAACUUUUUGCCCCAGUUAUUACACAACCGAUAAACAUAGACACUAUUAUACCUUGGCACAGGGACGUGAUGUCGAAAUUCUCCACGUCCAUUGUCACUACUACAUGACAAAUCGCCUGGGACACCUUUUCCGGGUCAUACAAAUGCUGGCUCAUGUCUCCCACUUCAACCUGACAAACUGGUACAACGAGAUCUAUGUGGAAAAUAUGGAUGUGCCUCAGUUUGGAUCAGCGCAGGUCUUUACGCCGGCUUUGUCUGAGGCCGUGUGCCUAGACGGCCUCGAGCUAUGUGACCUUCUCGAGCACGAGGAUCGGAGGGGAAACCAAGUCGUACUACCCGCGAGUGGAACCAACAGUGUUUGA